AUGUCCCUCAAAUUGCCCUCUGCCCCAAACGCAGGGCUUUUCAAACAAGGCUACUCGCUGUACUCAGCCUCCGAUGGUGCCAUUAUCAGAACCAUCGAGGCCGUGAGGGAGAUCAGUUCCAUCGUGCUCACCUCGAUGGGUCCAUCUGGUAGAAACAAGAUUCUCGUCAAUAAACACGAUAAAACAUUCAUUACCAACGAUGCUGCGACAAUUAUCAAUGAGUUGGAGAUUGUUCACCCAGCUGUGAAGCUCUUGAUUCAGGCAUCCAAGCAGCAGGAAUUCGAAAUGGGAGACAACACCAACUUGGUGAUCGUGUUGGGAGGCGAAUUACUUAACAUUGCCGAGAAGUUGAUCAGCCUUGGACUCAGUGUUCCAGAAAUCAUACAGGGCUACAACAUGGCCAACAAGUUCUUGCAGGAUACCUUGGAGAAACUUGUGGUUGACCACGUUGAGAACAUCACAGAGCCAAAGGAGCUUUUAAAGGUUAUUCAGCCAGUUAUUUCUGCCAAGCAGUUUGGCCUCGAGGACACCAUUUCCCAGCUUGUUGUGGAAGCUGUCAGAAUGAUUAUCAACCCAAAGAAGCCACAGGCUUUCAACAUUGAUAAUGUCAGAGUUGUCAAGAUCAUGGGCUCCUCAUUGUCCAACUCCGAGGUCGUCAAGGGAAUGGUCUUCCCCAGGGAACCAGAGGGACACGUCGAGAACGUGAAGAGCAAAUCCAAGGUUGUCGUAUUAACCUGUCCUAUCGACAUUUCUACUACCGAGACUAAGGGUACCGUGUUGCUACACGAUGCACAGGAGAUGUUGGACUUCUCUAAGGGCGAAGAACAGCAAUUGGACCAGAUGUGUAAGGAGAUUUACGACUCUGGUGUCCGUGUUGUUGUCGCUGGUUCCUCCAUCGGUGAGUUGGCUCUCCACUACUUCAACAAAUACGAGAUCUUGGUCUUGAAGGUUCCAUCUAAAUUUGACAUCCGUCGUGUUUGUCAGGUUUGUGGUGCUACCCCAUUGCCCAGACUCGGUGCCCCUAUGCCAGAAGAGAUGGGUUCCAUUGAUGUCAUUGAGACGAAGGAGAUUGGUGGUGACAGAGUCACGAUCUUCAGACAAAACGACGACACCAUCUCCAGAACUUCCACAAUCAUUCUCAGAGGUGCUACUCAGAAUAACUUGGAUGACCUUGAGAGAGCUAUCGACGAUGGUGUCAACGCCAUCAAGGGCUUGGUUCAAGACAACGCUCUUUUGCCUGGUGCCGGUGCUGUUGAAAUUGAGCUCGUGAAGUUGAUCACUCAAUACGGUGAAAAGACUCCAGGUUUGAUGCAGCUAGCUAUCAAAAACUUUGCCAAGGCUUUUGAGGUUGUUCCAAGAGUGUUGGCCGAAACCUCUGGUUUGGACUCCACAGAAGUGUUGAGUGCUUUGCAUGCCGCUCACUCGUCUGAGGGUAACUUGACGAAGGGUAUUGACGUCGAGAACAACAGUGAUGAUGGCUUGUUGGACAUCAAAGAGCACAACAUCUACGAUCUUUUAUCUACGAAAAGAUCGGCCAUCACAUUCGCCACUGAGGCUGCCAACACUAUAUUAUCUAUCGAUCAAAUCAUCAUGGCUAAGAGAGCAGGUGGACCACAGGUGCCUCAGCAGCGCAGACCUGGAAACUGGGAUCAGGAUGACUAG